UCUACUUCUCUACAAUACAUAUAUAAUCACCACGCUUUAGUCCAUUCUUUUUUAAGUUUCUUUGUUGUUCAAUAGCAUCACCAAUAUCAACAAUACCAUGUCAUCUUCAGAUGUAAACCUAGAAAAAUACAGAAUUCCACUCGACGAGAUCCUUCUUGUCACAAGAGACUUCAGUCCAGAAACUCUCAUCGGAGAUGGUGGAUUCGGUAUGGUCCACAUAGGAGAACUCUCUAAAGACGGGUAAACACACACAGUAGCCAUCAAACGUCUUAAUCGAGAUGGUUAUAAAGGAAACAACGAGUUUCGUAAUGAACUCAAGAUGGUUUCCAGUUUCCAUCAUCCAAACAUCAUCGCUUUCAUUGGCUACUGUGAUGAGGCCACUGAGAUGAUCCUAGUUUACGACUACGCAAAGAAUGGAAGCCUUGAUCAUCAUCUCCAAAAGCCAGAUAAGAUGCGUAGCUUAACAUGGGCACAACGUUUAAAGAUUUGCUUAGGUGCAGCAAAAGGGCUCAAGUACCUUCACUCAGGUCUUGGGGAGCACAAUAGAGUAAUUCACAGAGAUGUGAAGAGUGGAAAUAUUCUAUUAGAUGAGAAUCUUGAAGCCAAAAUCUGUGAUUUUGGUUUGUCAAAAUUUGGUGCAAGAAAUCAGGAAGAUACUCAAGUUCACACAAAGGUUGCGGGUACAAGGUAUUACAUGGAUCCGCUUUACGCUGAAAGAAGCAGGCUUAAGAAAGAGUCAGACGUGUAAUCAUUUGGAGUGGUUAUGUUUGAAAUGUCGAGUGGGACAUUGGUAUUUCAUCCAAAGUACUUCGGAGAUAAUAUUAACCCACAAUUUCUCCUUGAUGUGGUCCGAAGCUGCUAUGAUGAUGACAAAAAGGCUACUGGAGCAGAUAAAUUAAUUGAUCCUCUUGUAGGAGAUCAUAUUGAUAUGAAGUCUUUUCAUGUAUUUAACAAAAUUGCGCAUGAGUGCAUUAGCCUGAAGUUAGAGGAACGACCAACGAUGGAUCGGAUCAUCCGGAGGAUUCAGCGAGCACUUCAUAUUACUCAAUUAAACGACCACGAAUCAGCAUCCACCAUUACCACACGAAGCCUGGAAAGUUUUCUAAUUCCACUGGAGGAUAUCAACUUGGCAACCAAAAACUUCAAUCACGAAACAUGUAUUCGGGACUUUUAUUAUGGUGCAGUCCACCGAGGACAGCUCAUUAGACGAUGGCAAAACCAGACCAUGGCCAUUACCCGUUUUUAUCCAAAAAACUUCCACACCGAGGACCAAUUCUAUAAGGAGCUCCGGAUAAUUUCCAGUUUUCACCAUCAAAAUAUCUCCCCUUUCAUUGGUUAUUGUGACGAAUCCAAUGAGAGAAUUAUAGUUCAUGAACAUGCAGUCAACAGAAGCCUUGCAAAUUAUAUCAAAGACUUUAGGAAGACGCGUAACCUAACAUGGGCACAACGCCUGAAGAUUUGCAUAGGGGCAGCAAGAGGACUCCAGUCCUUCAUUUGGCUCUUGGGGAAGAUAACGAAGCAACUCAAGGGAACAUUAACUGCGAAAACAUACACUUAGAUGAAACUAUGGAAGCCAAGAUUUCUUUUUUUGGUUUCUCAAAACAAGGCCAAUUAGAGAGGAAACACGACAGGAACAUAGGAGAAAUGUCUAAACUACAUAAAUCAAACAUGUACUCAUUUGGCACAAAAAUGUAUGAAAUAUUGAGCGGAUACCGUGCUAAUGAACUGCUAAACUAUGGUCAACCAGGGAGGCUAAUGGAUGUACUUCAAGAGUAUCACCAGAACAAUGAACUCGACCAAUUCAUUGAUUGGGGUAUCAGAGAUGAAAUUGAUAGCCGCUGUUUGAAUAUAUUUAAAGAAAUUGCAUAUAAAUGCAUAAUGAGAGACAAUCAGAAGCCACGAACUGAAUUAGAUUCACAUCAAAGGAUGCGUCCGCGUCCGCGUGCAAUCUUUACCAUGGACAAUGUCGUUGAGAGGCUUGAGGAUGCAGGAGAUUUCCAAGUAAGUCCUUCUCUUUAAUAUUACAAAAGAAAUGAAAAUUAUAAUUUGGAAUUUUUGUUGGGUUUAAUCUGUACAAUUUUUUAUUGUUUAACCAUCAAAAUUUCCAAUAUUGAUUAUAAAAUAGCAAAAUCUCAAUACAUAGUUAAACAGAAAUUUUUUCUUUCAACUGUUAAUGGGAAAACAACGAUAAUUAUUUAUGAAAUUUUUGUUGAUAGCAUCAGUGAUGUAAUAUUUCUUGUAGUGAUGAACUCCCUCUGCCGUUAAAACUCCAUAAUAGACAGGUUGUUGACGGCUAAUUGCUAAUCUAUUUUGGAACUAAAAUAUUGGAGAUAACUGUUAGUAUCUGACACGUGAAACUAGCCGACAAAUGCUUAUAAUAAUAAUAAUAAUAAUAAUAAUAAUAAUAAUAAUAAUAAUAAUAAUAAUAAUAAUAAUAAUAAUUCAGUCUUAAAGACAUGUUAUCCAUAACAUAGUCGUCUUUAAAAUUAUAGUGCAUGAUGUAAUAUUUCUUGUAGUGAUUUUUAGUAUUAAUAAACUGAUACAACUAUAUAACAAUGCAUGAAACCAUAUAACUAAGCAUCAUGCUAGGUUGUAAAAGGUCGUAAAUAUAUAAAUACAUUUUAAUAAUUUCCAAAACCAAAGAUAAGAAGAAAGAGGUUUAUGGCAGGUGGAAAAGAAUGUUGUGAUACCAAGGUGUCAAAAAUCUUAAUAAACAUAAUUCAGUCUUAUGUUUAAAAAUAUUACUAAAUAAAUUCAUUUUGAUUGUAGUACUCACUUUUUCUUUA